CUCUGAGCGCCUGUCGUCCACACAGCACCACUCACACACCUCACCUGGUCACUCCCACUCGCCACGCCUGCGUGCUGCCUUGCCGCACCUCUCACCACCCUCGCCCUCGUCGCGCCCUCCCGCCACCCAGCCCCCUGUCCGUGCCCUCCACUCCCUCGCCCGCCAUGGCCGACUCGCAGUCGCAGCCCGACGUGAAGCCCGAGAUCCCGGCCGCUGCCCCGCCGCCGGCCACGGCAGAGAGCAAGGAGGAGACCGCCACGGCCAUCUUGCGCCAGAAGAAGUCGCCCAACCGCCUCUUCGUCGAUGAGGCUACCACCGACGACAACUCGGUCGCCUGCUUCUCCGCCGCCAAGAUGGAGGAGCUCGGCCUGUUCCGCGGUGACACCGUGCUCCUGCGCGGCAAGAAGCGCCGCGACACGGUGCUCAUCUGCCUGACGGCCGACGACACGGAGGACUCGAAGAUCCGCCUGAACAAGGUGGCGCGCAACAACCUGCGCGUCAAGCUCGGCGACCUCGUCACCGUGCACGCGUGCCACGACAUCAAGUACGGCAAGCGCAUCCACGUGCUGCCCUUCGACGAUAGCGUCGAGGGCCUCACGGGCAACAUCUUCGACGUGUACCUCAAGCCCUACUUCCUCGAGGCCUACCGCCCCGUGCGCAAGGGCGACACGUUCACCGUGCGCGGCGGCAUGCGCGCCGUCGAGUUCAAGGUCAUCGAGACGGACCCCGCCGAGUUCUGCAUUGUGGCGCAGGACACGGUCAUCCACACCGAGGGCGAGCCGGUGAAGCGGGAAGACGAGGAGGCCAACCUGGCCGAUGUCGGCUACGACGACAUCGGCGGCUGCCGCAAGCAGAUGGCGCAGAUCCGCGAGAUGGUGGAGCUGCCGCUGCGUCACCCGCAGCUGUUCAAGUCGAUCGGCAUCAAGCCGCCGCGUGGAGUGCUCAUGUUCGGCCCUCCGGGUACCGGCAAGACUCUCAUGGCGCGCGCUGUCGCGAAUGAGACCGGCGCAUUCUUCUUCCUCAUCAACGGCCCCGAGAUCAUGAGCAAGAUGGCGGGAGAGUCCGAGUCCAACCUGCGCAAGGCGUUCGAGGAGGCUGAGAAGAACUCGCCUGCCAUCAUCUUCAUCGAUGAGAUCGACUCAAUCGCCCCGAAGCGUGACAAGACCAACGGCGAGGUCGAGCGCCGCGUCGUGUCGCAGCUCCUGACCCUCAUGGACGGCCUCAAGGCCCGCUCGAACAUCGUCGUGAUGGCGGCCACGAACCGGCCGAACUCGAUCGACCCCGCGCUGCGCCGCUUCGGCCGCUUCGACCGCGAGGUCGACAUCGGCAUCCCCGACCCGACUGGUCGUCUCGAGAUCCUGCGCAUCCACACGAAGAACAUGAAGCUCGGCGACGACGUCGACCUGGAGCAGAUCGCCGCCGACACGCACGGCUACGUCGGCAGUGACGUGGCGUCGCUGUGCUCUGAGGCGGCCAUGCAGCAGAUCCGUGAGAAGAUGGAUCUGAUCGACCUGGACGAGGACACCAUCGACGCAGAGGUGCUCGACAGCCUCGGCGUGACGAUGGAGAACUUCCGCUUCGCCCUCGGCGUCUCGAACCCGUCGGCGCUGCGCGAGACGGUCGUCGAGGUGCCGACGGUCACCUGGAAGGACAUCGGUGGCCUCGAGAAGGUCAAGCAGGAGCUGCAGGAGACGGUCUCGUACCCCGUCGAGCACCCGGAGAAGUUCCUCAAGUACGGCAUGGCGCCGUCAAAGGGCGUGCUCUUCUACGGCCCGCCGGGUACGGGUAAGACGAUGCUGGCCAAGGCCAUCGCCAAUGAGUGCCAGGCCAACUUCAUCUCGAUCAAGGGCCCCGAGCUCCUGACGAUGUGGUUUGGCGAGUCGGAGGCGAACGUGCGCGACGUGUUCGACAAGGCACGCGCCGCUGCGCCGUGCGUGAUGUUCUUCGACGAGCUCGACGCCAUCGCCAAGUCGCGCGGCGGCGGCUCGGGCGGUGACGGCGGAGGCGCUGGUGACCGCGUCAUCAACCAGAUUCUCACGGAGAUGGACGGCAUGAACGCCAAGAAGAACGUGUUCGUCAUCGGCGCCACGAAUCGGCCGGAUCAGAUCGACUCGGCCAUCCUGCGUCCGGGUCGCCUGGACCAGCUCAUCUACAUCCCGCUCCCCGACGAGGUGUCGCGUCUCUCGAUUCUCACGGCUACGCUCAAGAAGAGCCCGGUCUCGAAGAACGUCAGCCUCAGCUACCUGGCCAAGCACACGCACGGCUUCUCCGGUGCCGACUUGGCCGAGAUCUGCCAGCGCGCUGCCAAGCUGGCCAUCCGGCAGUCGAUCGAGUUCGACAUCAAGCAGCAGCGCGAGCGCGAGGAGCGUCGCGCCGCUGCCGGCGACGACAACAAGAUGGAGGAGGACGCUGCGCCGGAGGAGGACGGCGUUGACGAGGUGCCGGAGAUCACCGUCGAGCACUUCGAGGAGGCAAUGCGCUUCGCUCGCCGCUCCGUCUCGGACCAGGACAUCCGCCGCUACGAGAUGUUCGCACAGAAUCUGCAACAGUCGCGAAGCUUCGGCAGCUCUUUCCGCUUCCCGGGCGGCGAGGGCGGUGAUGCUGCUGCCGGCGGCGCAGCUGGUGGCGCUGGCGGCGGUGCGGCGUUCGGCAACGACGCCGAGGACGAUGACCUGUAUGCCUAAGCGCACGGAGCCUGCUUCCAUCUCCACACGGACGCGGUGCACGUCUGGCGGGCUAGUGCCCAGCUCGCGGCCUGGCCCCCCUCUUCCUUCCCUCACCAUGUAAUGAUCACACAGAAACACUUUCCAGCGAUCCAUUGCCCGACCAGGCGGGUCAGGUGAAGACUGCCGCCCAGACAUCCAUGCAGGCGAUGCUCUUCGUCC